AUGGACAUUCAUCAUCUUCUGAUCUUCUGCUUCCUAUCAGGUGAGGUCCAAUCACCUGAGUAUCUCACACUGCUUUUAAACACUUACUCACUGCCUCUGUAUCUCUACCGUGUCAAGAAUCUGAAGCCUCUUAAGCCUGCAGUCUGUUUCAAGAUCCAGAGUUAGUGAAGUUCAGCCUUAGAUUUGAUAGAAACUUUAUCUAUUUGGUUCUUUUCUCUCUGUUUUGCAGGGUCAGUAUUUAGCAGGUUAUUUUUACUUGUGCUCUGACAUCAUUUUUAACAACUUUGUUUGCACACAUCAAAUCAAACUGAACUGCUCUAAACUCAGACUUUGCUCAUGGACCAACCACCCAUGGUAUUUUUUGACUGCACACACAUCUUUUCUUAUGCAGCCUUCGAUCUCUGACAUUUCUAUAACUAAAUGAAUUAUCUUAUAAAGACAGGGUAAUUUGGGUAUGUUUCAGGCUCCUGGUCUAACCUCAUAUUAAUUCUGCAGCUUUUCAUAAAGUCUAACUGAAUGUUUGGCUAAAGGUUCUGACUUUAAUGCCCAAACACUCCAUGAGAGCGUCCUCUAAAAUCACUGAAGGUAAAGAAACACUGUCUGAAACCAUACGCAGUUUCAGUACUUUUGGCUCUCAGAUCCUCCCCUAACUUUGACUGUUUUCAGAGUGAUCUGUGCUGCUCUUGUUCCUGUUUAUUAGCUGCAAAUUAAGCCGAUUAGUUCAUGCCUCCUGCUCACUUUGCCUCACUCAGUGUUCAGUUGUCCUUUCCUGUUUAUAAAGUAUGUAGCCUCUGCCUUUUACUGUUUAUACCAUUUCUUUAACAUAAAAUCCUCAUCAGGUCUUGAUCUGUUCCACAGCUCUAAGUGGAGGAAACAACGGGCUUGUCAGCGCAAAAGUCAACAUUUAUACUUUCACUAAAGGACAAAAUGCUUCCAUUAAUUGUUACCUACACUCAUCCGGGAGCUGGAAGUUCUUCUGUAAGAACCAAUGUGAGUCAGACGAUAUUCUUAUCAGAACAGAAGAGGCCCAGAGUCAGGUGGGCAGGUACAGCAUGAGUUACAGAAGUGGGCCUACCUCCUCCACAGAGGGAAUCCUGAAUGUGAAAAUCCUGAAUGGGGUAAAGUCUGAUGCAGGCCUGUACAGAUGUGGUUUGGGCAGCUCUUCUGUUCCAGACUCUUCCUGGGACUUUGAGUUCAGAGUUUCUGAUGGUGAGUUUUCUUUGUUUUUGUUUGUUUGAUUGUUUAAGAAAGACAUGAACCAGUUGUAUUUAAUGUACAACCUGCUCAUUUAGAGCUGAAUAAUAUGUGAUCAAUUUAAGUUUAAUAAUAGGAACAUAUCAAGAAGUUGUUACAGGGUCAUAUUUUUCAUUGUGUGUCCUCAACUCUUCUUUUACUAACACUUUGGCAGCAGAUGUUGCUCCUAAACCUGCAGAUAUUGUUCAGCAUUAAAGGAGCCUUUACAGAUGUGGAAGAUACCCAUGACAUGGACUCUGAUGAUACCUAAUAUCUGGUGUUUUGUUGAUUGGCCAACAUCUUCAAUCCACGUUAAUAUCUGCAGCUCUGCUGUUGAUGUUUGAAUUCUGGUUUAAAGAAAAGGACCUAGAGGCCAAAUGUGAUGAACUAAGCUUUCCACUGACUUAUUUUCCAGAAGCUACUGAGUCCACAGAGUUUUAACAACAGUAAAAUACUGCCUUUUGGCUUAAUCAGCUGUAGCUGGCCAGUAUUUGACCAAAAGUAGCAAUUAACGAGUUCGUUAUAUUUCAGAAAUGGUUAUGGUGUUAUUACAUUUUUUAAAGUAACUGGUUAAACUACAUGUCACUGCAAACUCCUACAAACCCGUGGUCUUGCAACAGCUGAUCAAUCACGCUGUUCUAGUUCAGCAGCUCCUAUUGCUUGUAUUGAGAGGAGAGAGUGCGCAUGUAUAACUUUAUAACGGGGGUCUGAGGUUGCGCUGUGGACCACAAACAAGUGAUAGAUUAGUAAAUUUAGACAAACUCUACAUUUUUACUGUAGAUUAUGACUGAGUUGGUGAAAAAAAUAUAAAACACUUUUUAAAGAAUAUGACUUAUUUUUUUAAAAAGAAGUAUCCAGCUAUAGUCUGCCUUUCUCCUUGUUGGGAGAGGUGGUUUGGCACCCUAACACCCCUAUUGACCUGUUGCCACUGCUGUUGUUUUGAAGCUGAUUUUCCAUUAUUGCAGAAGUUCUUCAGUGUUGCCCUGUUGUCUCUGUCCCAGAGAUGUUUUGUUGGUGUCUAAUUUAAAUGAGAGAGUAUUUUUCAUAAAACAAAAACAUUUUCUAACAUUUGAUUUGUUGUCUUUGAAAAUAUUUUGUUCAUUACAGGGAUUUAACAAUUUGUAAAGUCUGUCUUUCCCAACAUUUGAUAAUUUCCCCAACAUCUUUUAAAAUGGAGUUGUACAACAUUAUAUGUAUGUAUGUAUGUAUGUAUGUAUGUAUGUAUGUAUGUAUGUAUGUAUGUAUGUAAACCCUGCAGAUUUUACAUUUUUGUUUCACCCUACUUACACCAUCAGUUUCAUUCAUUGACAGACAAUGAGCAGAACUCAAAACUUAAACAAUGCAAAGUCAAAAUCUCAUUAAACUGCUGUAACUGCAGAACUUUUGACUGUGUCACCAUUAUCUGUCUGUCCAGAGACACCAUUGGAAGGACAUACUGGUGUAAUCCGCACAGAGUUUGAAGGAGAAGAUGUCCGCAGUAUAUGCUCCAGUUCUGUCUACAGACAGUGGAAGUUCCUCUGUAAGGGUGAAUGUAAGACAGACGAGGACAUACUGAUUGAAACAGAAGCAAACAACACUCAGAACGGCAGAUACAGCCUUGAGUAUACCGUAAAUCGACUGUACCUGACCAUCAAACAAGCCACUAAGUCUGACACAGGAAAGUACAGGUGUGGUUUUGGCAAAGCUCUGUCUCCAGAUUCAUAUUAUACAUUCCCACUGAUCGUCAUAGAAGGUGAGUUUUUAUGUCACUUCAUUUGAUAACACCUCUUCUAUUAAUAUUACUCCUUCAAGAGUGAACUCUACAAUAGAUGAACUGUAUGCCAUCUUUGAGCACAUGGUGUUUUUUUUAACCAUUUAAUGAUCAUAUUUUGGACAAAGAAUCUAAAUGUUUUUUAAUUAAACAUAUUUUAACUCUUUUCAUGUGCAGGAAAAAAAAACUAACCUUUGACCUCCAGCAAAGUAGAGUGCUGUUUAUCCUUUAACAGGCAGAAACCUCAAACAGAACCAGACUCAUGUUAGACAGCCACCUGUUGAGACUGAGCUGGGUUUACAGAGGUGAGAGAGGGAGAUGGACGGAGGUGAAACUGAUGCUUGUAGUUGAAGCAGUUGGAAAGCAGUCAGGUCCACAACAGCAGGACAUCUGCAGCAGCUAUUCAGAAGAACCUUCGGCAUGAUGGAGCUCAGGGACUCCCAGAACAGACUGUAUUAGUGACAUGAUGAUUCAGAGUUAAUGACACAGACAGAAAGAGGAUGGAGAUAGAAGGAAAGAUGCUCAAUAUGCCAGUACCCCUAGCAGUCUAAACCAGGCAUGAACCAGAUUGAAGUUUUACCAAAAUGGAAAGUUUAAAGACAACUCUAGAGAGGGUGUCUGCCCCCCCUUCACCUCCACUGGUAGAUGAUUCCUAACUGAAAGCUCUACCACCCAGACCACUUUCACAGACUUCAGACCCAAAUCUGGUGCUGGUUAAUAUUACUUUAGAAUUUGAAAGAUCUGGACUCUGACUCUCUCUGACAUCUCUCUCAUUAGCCUCCACACAACCACCUCCAUCUCCCCCAACAACACCACCAACAACAGCAACAACUAAGAGUUCAAGCUCCACCCUCUCACCAGGAGAUCUUGAGUCCACCUUCCAAGUGACAGGUGCAGUACAGCUCAUAAGUAAGUCAUUAUUUCUAAGUUGGUCAAGAUUCCACAUCCUGUAGUUGAAAUUCAAGAUAAAAUACAUAUUUCUAUUUCAAAUUGUGAUCAGGCGACUUGUCUCUCUCUUCUAAGCCCCUCAGCCGUCUUACCUCGUGCCUCUGGUCGUGAGGGUGCUCCUGGUUUUUGGGCUGUUGGCUGUUUUUCUGAUCGUCCUCUGCAAAUGGAAGGCCAGGAGAAACUUUGGGGUGAACACCGGUGAAAAUGCAGACGGUGUGAACAUGGAGGUGACUUCUUUUGACUGGAGUCAGAGUACAGAUACAUUUGACAACACUUAAAAUUACUAUUUUGGAUAACUGCUUUUAAAAAACACACGAAUUCAGCCUAAUCUAAAGUUCACAUUCUGCCAGUCUAUAUCAAUUUAGAAAACAUUAUUUACACUUUUAAACUCACAUGCAGCAGGUUUUCAAAAUAAGAUACAAGAACUUCAGCUUAGCUCAUCCAGAAUACAACAAAUGACUGGAGUUUCAUCUUCAAUCUGAAAAUUGACUUGUUACUGUGCAUGUCUGGUUUUCAGGCAUGUGAGAUCUAUGAGAAUCCGUCUUCAGUCCCUGAAAAACAAGACUCCAUCUACCAAUGCAUCGAUCCAUCCAGCGGAGACCAGGACCAAAUCUACUGUAGUCUGUAG